AACAUAAUUCAUUUCACGUCGUUCGGAGUAUAUCGCGCCAUUCGUAGCUAUCAUUCGCAUCGUCGUCACCUAAAAGUACCUGGAUCCUAGGUAAUCAUCAUGGAUCCAAACGAGCAACCGCCGCCACAGCAGCACAUCCUACCACCCCAGGAACAGAUGCGCCAAAGACGGUUGGCUGCCUUCAAUGCACGGAAUGCGUCGACCAACCCAAAGCCCGAUGAAGCCUCUAAGACCGAGCCCUCAACACCAUCGGCUUCUUCACCUACGCCCAAAUUGAACCCACCGAACCAGGAGAAUCUCCGACCAACUCCUUUACCAAGUCGGCAAGCCAGCUCGACCCCAUCCAACCCCCCAAAUCCAUCCUCAUCACCAAACCCUUUCUCGCAACUUGGUGUUAAGAACAAGACGGAUUCUAGCAAAAGCCCCGCCACUGGGGAUUCAGCCCAGCCAUCCAAAAAGAUACAUAUCGCCAAGGAAGAGAAUCUAGAGACAUGGUCCAAUAGAGUAUUAGGCGAGAUAUUUCGUGUCACGUUAGAUGAGACUCGAACCGCCGAUAACAGAGGCACCAAGUUCACUUAUCUACCUGAACUGAAAGCAGAGCUCGAGCAAUCCGGCGAUCCCGUCAAGUUGACUGCAUCGUCGAUAGACUCGGCCAUUCUCGAAGCCGCCAGACACGUGCCCACGGACAAGGCACUUUUAGACUAUCUUCUACCAUGUUGGAAACGAGUUGUGAAAGCUUCUAAACCUGCUAGACCACCCCCGGCAGAAAGGGAAGCUGUCCUUAACGAAGCCAAGAGAUUAUGUAUGAGCAACUGCAUAUUUGCACUCACUAUGCCCGAAUAUUUUGGUCGCGACCCGAAUCCUAAGCACGAUUCUCUAGUACCUUACCUCCUUCGCCACCACGAUAACGAGGAUGGUAUUUGUUUAGACUUCUUCGUCGAGGCUGUGUCACGUAUUCCAGAAGACGAUACCGUCGCAUCUAUGUUCACUGAUGCCAUGGUUGCAAUGAGUAGGAAGGUUGCGACGAUGACAAUGAACGAUGAUUACAAACCGUACAUCAAUUGUCUUGUUACAUACUCGAAGUUUCCUCCCUUACUCAAUGCCCUUGUAGAACACCCCCGGUUCCAAGUAAACCCGAUUCCUAAUAUGUCGAAAGAGCAACUUGCCCGGGCUACUGAGAGCCAGACCAUCUUAGGACCUUUCUUCCGUAUCUCGCCGUUGCAAACUGAAGUUACCAAGACCUACUUCGCCAGUCCACGGACGAUCGAUCCAGGCCACAUUAAGUCAUCACAGACCGCUCUACAGAUGACACUAAAAGCUCACCAGGGUGACCUUAUGACCAUCGCGAAUGCACUCGUUCGAGCAAGCCCGGGCGCUCGGAGUAGCACUCUUGACUGGUUCGCAUUCGCCCUUAAUACAAACCACAAGAGACGUGCUCUCCAAGUCAAACCGACGGAUGUGGCGUCGGAUGGUUUUAUGGUCAACAUGACAGCUAUCAUAGAUCAAUUGUGUGAGCCCUUUAUGGACGCCACUUACUCUAAGGUAGAAAGAAUUGAGGUGGAAUACCUCCGCCGUAACCCUCGAGUCGACAUAAGCGAUGAGACUAAGCUAAAUGCCGAUCAAGCUACUUCAGAUGAAUUCUAUAAGUCUCAACUUCCGGGAAAUUCCAGUUUUAUCUCAGAAGUCUUCUUCUUAGCCCUGGCUGGUCAUCAUUAUGGCAUGGGGGCAACCAACUCAAAAUUGAAAGAUCUUGACAAGGAUAUCAAGUAUGUUGACGACAUUAUUAGGAAGCUUGAGGCCGAACUGCCUAAGUUGCAGAACGAUCCUGUCAGACUUCUUGUGGCAAAACAACAUCUCCAAAAUGCUGUCAAUUCUGUCGAGAAGUCUCUUGCGCUCAAGUAUGCAAUUGAGGGUGUUGUACUGGACACCACUAUGCAAGAAUUGUCUCUGCGAUUUAUGAGAUACGUCUCUGUAUGGCUCCUCCGAGUUGCGAGUGGAGCAGAUUACAAGCCAGGCAAGGGUUUCAAGCUUCCACUACCAGCCAACAAACCUGAAGCAUUCAGCUGCCUCCCUGAAUAUGCGCUUCAGGAUGUCGUUGAGAAUUUCAAGUUUGCCUUUCGUUACUUGCCCUCGAUUCUAAUGUCCGCCAUUGGAGAAGAGAUGAUCACGUUAUGCAUCACAUUCUUAAGAUCUUCUGAAUAUAUCAAGAACCCUUACUUGAAGUCUUCCCUUGUCACACUAUUAUUCUCAGGCACGUGGCCCAUAUACCACCUUAGCAAGGGGGUACUUGGUGACAGCCUGGUCGGUUCAAGUUUCGCGCAUGAGCAUCUCCUCCAUUCGCUCAUGAAAUUCUACAUUGAAUGUGAGCAUAGCGGUGUCAGUUCCGCAUUUUACGACAGGUUCAAUAUUCGGUACGAGAUAUUCCAAGUUAUCAAGACCAUUUGGGACAACGACGUCUACCAUGAACAGCUCAGUAAAGAGAGCAAAGUCAAUCGUCAAUUCUUCGUGCAAUUUGUCAACCUGCUCCUAAAUGACGCCACAUAUUUACUCGACGAGGCACUGAGUAAACUGGUCAAUAUUCAUGACUACCAAAAGCAACUACAAAGCCCGACAUUAUCUCCUGAGGAUAGGGAAAAGACGCAAGCAGAUCUGGAACAGGCGGAGCAGCAAUGCCAAUCCUGGAUGCAGCUCGUCAACGACACCAUGGGAAUGAUGAAGCUUUUCACAAAAGCGCUACGCGAUGCAUUCACUAUGCCCGAGAUAGUAACUCGUCUAGCAGGAAUGCUUAACUACAACUUAGAGUCAUUGGUCGGGCCGAAGCGUAACAACCUCAAGGUAGAGAAUGCUCAGAAGUACCACUUUGAGCCCAAGGCACUUCUAUCAGACUUCAUCGACAUAUAUCUAAACUUGGCGUCGAAACCCGCUUUCAUCGAAGCAGUCGCAGCUGAUGGCCGCUCAUAUAAACCAGCAAAUUUUAAUAAGGCGUCAGAACUACUAGCCGGUAAAGUCAAUAAAGGCGAUGUCGUGCCUGCUUGGAACGCACUGAAGGAGAAAUUCGCCCAGGCCAAAGAGCGUCUUGACAAGGCUGAACUCGAUUUAGGCGAGAUACCCGAAGAAUUUGAGGAUCCGUUGAUGGGUGAUCUAAUGACCGACCCUGUUAUUCUACCGUCGCAGAAUAUCGUCGAUCGUUCGACAAUCGUCCAGCAACUACUAUCUAAUCCUCUUGAUCCUUUUACACGAAACCCGAUGACUCUUGACGAUGUAGUGCCGGCUGAUGACUUGCGCAGUCGGAUUGAAGAGUGGAAAGCCGAGCGUAUUGCGGCAUCCAAGGCCAAAGCAUCAGGGGAUGCGAUGGACACUACGGCUGGUUAGGGAGAUUAUUCCAGCUAAACCUAAGUUCAUUGUAUAACAAUCCAAAUAACAUCGCAGUGCAACCGUAUGGGGGUACAUACGGCUUGCUACCAGGGAAACACUAAGGUGGAGCUAUUGCAUAUUUGGCCAUACAGCCGUCUAUAGACAUUGCUCUUGGCUCUUGGUACGUUUUUUGAGCAUCAUAGGGAUGUGGUCAGUGUGUUAUAGACAGCAGGGUAAAUACCCAAACAAGGGUCAAGGAAGUUCAUUUGAGUUCUUUAGAUUUCGGAAAUAAAGAUACACCAAUCCCCUUGUUCC